AUGGCGGCAGAACAGCUGUACGGCAAACCUGCUGGCGCAGUUGCCAAUGCGCCGCCUCCCUCCACGUUAGCCGCCCAACUCGUCGAAAACCUUCCUGCUUCGACAAAGUCCACACGAUCCGAUGAGAACACCGAGCUGAGAAGCUUGUCCGCCGUCAUCGAGCGGGUCAAGAACAACCCUGGGUUGCUGCGAACACCCGACGAACGAACGGAGCACAAUCAUAUGCUCAUAUACGUCUAUUCCCGCGUCGUCCUAGACGGAAUCAAGCUCGACGAUCCUUUCGCCGACAAGAAGGUUAUACGGAGCGAGGCAUUGAAGGCGAUCAACUUCUUGAAAGUCACGAUCGAGGAGACACCGAUUGUCAUGAACUAUACCACGGACGGGAAACAGUUUGUGUUCCGCGGGGAGGAGCCACUUUGGGUCUGGGUCUUUCCCAAGGUCCUGAAACUGCUUGGCCAUGCUCGCUGCCUUGACCUCACGGCUCCAAUCGAAGAGUUCUUUCGGUUCAUCAUCUUGGUGGUGAGUGGAGUUGGUUCAAUGGGAGCGCUGCUGUCGUCCAUGCUGCUUUACCUGCGAGAAACAAGCAAUGCUCUCCUGUCUCGCCUACAAGAGACGGCGCCUAUUGCCCCUGCACAGGAUGCGACUAUAGACAUGAGCCUUCCUCCUGCCGGUACACUCGAGCUGCUCCUGGGAAAACCUGGCAUUCUCUUCGUACAACAGACUACAUACGCUGUCCCGCAUGCGUCACAAGCCGUGCGCCAAGCAGCAGCUCUAAUAUCAACACUCGCACACCCGUCCAUUGCUAGAUACUCGAGCCCUCUGUCACGCGCGCCGUUUGUCGAGCUGAGACUAUGGUUGCUCGACUCGUUGCUUUCCCUACGUGCUGUGCAAAACACAUGGCAGCCCGUUGCCCCAAGCGCAAAGGCUGAUUUGCUCAACGUAUCCCUUGGCCUGCUUCCAGACGAGCUGUCUACAGGCAAGAAAGCCUUGCUACCGCAGAAAGCGUACACUUCUCUGGCGUUAUUGUGUGCCGAGCUCGCAGCACGGCCGGAUGAGAUUGCAGGCCCAGAUGAAUCGAGUCAAGCAGCGAGGAGAACACUCUGUAAAGCACUCCUGAGACUUGCCCAAGUGUCGCUAGUAGACCGAGAGAUUGGAAGACUGGCAGCACCUCAGGUCGUUUGGCCACUCGAGCUGCUCUGCAUCGAAGUACCCGUACUAGGGGAACCAAGUGACUUUUCACGUUCUAUCAGUGUCCUUAAACAAGCAACAGCACCGACUGUACCCUCAAAAUUAGACGACGCAACCCUGCCAGCUUGCUUCACGGACACCGAAUUACGAACUCUGGUCGAACGUCUUGGCAUUGCAGAAAGUGACAUAGAAAGCGUCACAGUCGAUGACGAGCCUGCGACCAAGCGGCGAAAAGUCCUGACUGGAGGCAAUGAGCUUGUGGAACUGACAGCACGCAUUGACGAAGUUCUUGGAGUUGUGAACGAUCUAGGCAAUCUGGAACAUAAGUUUUUGUAA